CGACUGUCACUGUCAAUAUGUCAUAAGUGAUAAGUUUAACGUGUCGUGCAUUCCUGUAAUCCUGUAUUCGUGUGAAAAAUCCUUUGAAAAUCACGAUUCUUCUUUAUUUAUUAAAUGUUUGUGAUGGAUAAUUUACAUACGAGUUCAUAACAUACGUUAAAGAUAUAUAAUAUUAUAUACUUUAAGCUUCACAUAAAUUUAUAACCAUGGUCCUGUUAACUAACGAUUUGUUUCUAGCAGAACUAUCAAAACUUUACCAAAGUGCACGAACAUCAGGAUCUGUAACUGUGACUAUGAAAAGAUAUGAUGGUCGCACAAAGCCUAAUCCUCGUGAUGGAAGCCUUGCCGUCCCAAAUCCAGACUACAAAUGUUUAGUAAGGGCACAAUGUAGAAGUAAAAAAAUCUCAACAGUAAUUGAACAAAAAGAUGUUGAAACAUUCACAAAUGCUUAUUCUAAUCUGCUUAAAACCAGUAUAAAUGGACUGAAGAGGUUAAAGAAACCAAAAAAGAAGGCUAUGGCUGCUCAAUAGUAAAGUAUAUGGAUAUUACAGACUGAAUCAAAAUUCAAGCAUUUCACGGCAACACACAUGCAAUGCCAAUGACCACAGCCAAGGGUGGAGGUCCAUUAAAAUGUGCUUUUCUCUCACAUGAGAUUUGAAGAGUUGGAGUCUUGGCUUUAUGGCUGAUGGUAUACAACCAUGUCUUCAAUUAAUUUUAAAGUCAAACUUUAUAAAUAAAGUUAUUAUAAAAUA